AUGAGAAAUGUUAGAUUUGAGACAAGAAACAUAAAACCCCAGGGUAAGGACAGCAAGGCCAAGAAGAAUGGCUCCAACAGCUUCAUGCACUCCAUGGACCCACAACUGGGGUGGCAAAUGGAAACCACCCAAAACCUGGUGGACUCCUACAUGGCCAUUGUCAACAAGACCGUAUGGGACCUCAUGGUUGGUGUCAUGCCCAAGACCAUCAUGCACGUCAUAAUCAACAAUGUGCAUGCACUGCCCCCUGGGGCCUCCUGUGACCAAGGAGUUCAUCUUCUCGGAGCUGCUGUCCCACCUGUACUCGCGUGGGGACCAGAACAUGCUGAUGGAGGAGUCAGCAGAGCAGGCACAGUGGCGCGACGAGAUUCUGCACAUGUUCCGUGUGCUGAAGGAGGAGGUCAGCAUCAUCAACUACGUCAAUGCGACCACCAUCAGCACACCCACGGGGGCCUGUGGACGACUCCUGGCUGCAGGUGCAGAGCAUCCUUGCCAGAUGCAGGUACCAGGGCUGGCUCCCACGGCCCCAAAACCCCCCAACCUCCAUGGCUGAGCCUGCGGGCUCUGGGAACAGGCUCUGUGCCCAAGCUGGCAGACAUGGGUGCUCUCUGGAGCCAUCAGAGAGCUCGUGGUUUACGGUGCCUUGUGGCUGUUGUGUUGGGCUCCCAAACACGAGAGGUGGCCCAGGGCCAGUGGGUUGGAAGACAGGGUGACCAGAGAAGUGGGAAGCCCGAUGGGCUGAGCACUGGGUCUGAAUGGUGGGUGCACUGCCUGGGUGCUGUGGAAGAGGCCAGCAAGCCUCCCUUUCCAAGCCUGCCUGAGUGGGUGUUCUGUGACUCGACAGUGGCUCCCCCAGCCCCAAAGCCAGCCCCCUACAUCUGUGACUUAGUCUGUUGUAGUGGUGAGCGGACACAUCCAGGUGUGACCAUUGCUGAAAACUUGUGCCCACUCUGUGUUGGCUCUUAUCCUGUGAAGCUGGCUCUGGCCAACAGGGGGCAGGGCCAUGAACUCAGCCUGGAGGGAGCCUGUGAGGCAGCCAGCGGACACUCUGGAGGGACAGAUGGAACAGGCCACCAGGUGCAGACAGGCGAGGGAGGCGAGGGGAUGGGACGGAAGAUGCCUGGGGUGGGUGGAGGUCAGUGCCCUUAG